AAUUGCUGGCAUUGUGAUUGUUGACCACAAUUUCAAGUGAAAUAUGGCCACUUUACAGGCAGAAACCACGGAAAAAAUGCAACCACCAUCGUACGAAGCAUCCCAGGAACAAGUUGCUUCGGGACAGAAUGUUGUUAGUACCACAGUUGUUACUCAACCGCCUGUGAUGGUACAAACAGUCAUGACACCCCUCAUGUUUGGACCAACGCCUAUAAAUAUGGUCUGUUCGCAUUGUGGGGCACAGAUAGUGACUGCAACAAGCUACGAGCCUGGAAUUUUGACCUGGCUGUUUUGCGGAGGAAUUGCAGUUGUUGGAUGCUGGCUUGGUUGUUGCCUCAUACCAUUCUGCAUCGAUGAUAUCAAAGAUUGCCGUCACACUUGUCCAAACUGCCAAAAUUUCCUUGGAGUUUACCGUCGCAUAUGAAAAUAACAAGUCUUGAUAAUAUUACGAACAUGUCAUUGGUAUCAGAUAGCAAGCGAAAACGACCAGUCAACGUAGCAUCACUAGCAUAUAGUACAUAGGAGACUAAAAUGUUUGGUGUGGGUAUAUUUAUCAGGUAGAAAUCGAACUUGUUGAAUAUCUAAUUGACAAGUUGAAAAGCAACUUUGUUAAUUGCCACCUUCACGAGU